CUUAAUAAAUAGAGAUUGUAUUUUGUUUUUGGAUAUUGUUAACCUGAUAUAAAUGAUGGAUUUUCCGUUUUACUCGAAGUCAAGAUGAAAUCAAUAAGUUGUGAUGUUGACACAGAUGUUACAGAAGAUACUCACGGCAAUGAAUGGUUCCUAUGACGGAGUAUGGACCACUGUAUUAAGCGCAGGCUCAAUUACCAUUAAUGACCGGAAGUUAAACGGAGAGAAACGCCAUGUUUUCUGACUCGAUUAGCUAUAUCUCUUCCGUUUUUCGCGGUCUCUUGGGAAACGGGAGCAAUACUGAACCAGAGCAAGAGCUGCAAAGCCAAGCUGUUGACAUCAGUAUACAGUCACGUGACUCAGUGCACGUGACGUCAUCAGACAUUAAAAGUCGAUUAACUAGCUCUAAUUUAUCAACACGUCAAAGACUAAACGAAAGUGAAGCGGAAAUAGAAACGACAUUUACCGAAAUUGAUAAUGAUCAUUAUAAAGAUUGUACAGUAAAAGAACAAGAUGAUAUUAAAGACAUGCUUGCAGAGAUUGCAAGCAGAGAAACCGGAUACUACUCUUCGGACACCGAUAAUGACAGCUUUGAACAUAUAUCGUUAUCAAAUCCUGCUGAGAUCCAAUCAGAUAACGAAAUUGAUCCUGCAUGUCUUACACCGUCAAAUACACGUGUUCUAACUGCAGACGAGUUUCAAAUAGAGCAUACCAUAAUCAGGGAUAAACCUGGUCAUGAUCUAGGGACAAAAGAAAAAAAUGUUCAUUUUCAAAAUGAUGAAAACAUCUUUAGUGAGUCCCAAAGUAGUCCAAAUACCAGUGAUCAACCAAUUUCCAUAAUAUCACGACUCCGAUACAACAUCAACGCCGGUGCUACAAACAAUGCCUUUGUAAAAGACGAAGACAUACAUCCGGAAGUUCCUAUUGAAGCUAGUUCAGGCAUUGCAAAGAGCAGAUGGAAGCAAAUAGCGGACAGAAAAACUGCAAUUGCAUCCAGUGACAAUAAGAACACUUCGAAACUUUUAUUCACAAACGCAAAUGUUGCCAAUGCACUUUUAGGUUCAUAUGCACGUGCAAAGCAGCGACAGGCAAAAGAACCCGGGAAAUUUGAACUGUUCCGUAAAGUUCAUCUAAGACGAAUAUCACAUGCGUUCAAAGAAUUUAAAAGUGGCAAUAUGUAUAAGAAAGAAAAUGACGAAUUCCGGAAAAAGAAGUACUAUGAUAUGGAUAGCGACGAUGAAGAAAUUAUUGAAAAGGGGCUUGGCCCCUAUUCGACCCUUCGACGUAAAAUGCCCUGGUGGGAAAAGAGGGCUAGAACUGGUUCCGAACGAAUGAGGAAGUACAAGUUUUACGCCAAUGCCCGGCUACGUUAUAAAGCCCGCAACAUGAUCGGAGCAGCCGGAAGCCGCCACCAAAGGCGGCGGGCUUCCCUGGCCAUCCCGGCGCUAUCGGGUGGCGGGGGAGGCCUCUACAGCCCAAUGGAGCAUAUCCGGGAAUUGGACGAGAACGCGCCACGCCCGUCUAUUGGACGGCGCCGCGCUGUGGACACUUCAGACUUCAAGUCAUGCGCCAUCCUGCAAACCCGGUUGAAAGAGAUCAAACAUUAUCCGGAAAUGGCGUCGUUCACCGCUGGAGGGCUGAACAGGGACGGUUUCAACAUGUCUGGUCCCAAUGACGGCUCCCUCGGGCAGGCCACCUCCCGGGUCGCCCAUCUUAGUCUGCCGGGGUUUGGAUCUACCAACACGAGAUCCCUAUUUAUCUUCAGUGAAGAAAACUUUAUCCGGAAGUACGCCAAGAUAAUCAUAGAAUGGGGGCCGUUCGAAUACAUGGUGCUACUCACAAUCAUCGCCAACUGUGUGGUCCUGGGGCUUGAGGAACAUCUACCGGAGAGGGACAGAACUCCACUCGUGGAAAAACUAGAAAAGACAGAAAUCUACUUCCUAGGAAUAUUUUGUUUUGAAGCCCUGUUAAAGAUAGUAGCAUUAGGAUUUAUAUUACACAAGGGGUCGUACCUUCGGAGUGUAUGGAAUAUCAUGGAUUUUGUGGUCGUAGUCACGGGGUUCAUAACCAUAACAGCCACCUCGAGUUCGGUGGAUCUACGAACCCUGCGGGCUGUGAGAGUUUUACGGCCUUUAAAAUUGGUGUCGGGUAUACCAAGUUUACAGGUGGUGCUGAAAUCCAUUGUUCGUGCAAUGGCGCCUUUGCUUCAAGUUUGUCUUCUUGUGUUCUUCGCAAUCAUCAUGUUUGCCAUCAUAGGGUUAGAAAUAUACAACGGUGCUUUCCAUCUCGCUUGCUACAAACUAGGGACCAUUGGAAAUAGUGAAGAUGACAUAGAUUUGGGUGACGAGAAUUCCAUACGACCCUGCACCAUAGAUGUCAGUACAGUUCUAGUGGGCUACAGGUGCCAAGCAAAUGUCUCCAAGUGUAGACCGUACUGGAGCGGGCCAAACUAUGGAAUUACUAGUUUUGAUAAUAUAGGAUAUGCAAUGUUAACUGUGUUUCAGUGUUUUACAAUGGAAGGAUGGACUGAUAUUUUAUAUUAUACAAACGACGCAAUGGGGAAAUGGUUUAAUUGGAUCUACUUUUACCCGCUCAUCAUACUCGGCUCAUUCUUCAUGCUCAACUUAGUCCUUGGUGUGCUUAGCGGCGAAUUUGCCAAAGAGAGAGAACGCGUAGAAAACCGUAGAGCUUUUUUCAAAUUACGUCGGCGGCAGCAGCUGGACCGGGAGUUAAAUGGCUACUUAGAAUGGAUAUGUAAAGCAGAAGAAGUAAUACUCAACGAAGAAAGAACUACAGACGAAGAGAAAAUUAAAAUCAUAGAAGCCCGGCGCCGAGCAGCAGCCAGAAAAAUGAAACAGUUACAAGAGGGUAGAUACAACGACGAUGAUAACAAUGACGACAAUGAUGAUGAUCUACUCACUGAUUUGAAUAUAGGAAACGCAUUAGGUAGAAAUUUUAGAAGAACCAAUUCAACAGGAAAAUGGGCACGGUUUUGGAAAUUUGAGAAACGCUGCAGAUUAGCAGUUCGAAAGGCGAUCAAAAGUCAAACAUUCUACUGGGCAGUGAUAGUGCUAGUGUUUUUAAACACUUUGUCUCUCACGUCAGAGCAUUAUGGUCAACCAACGUGGCACACAGAAUUCCUAUAUGUCACAGAGUUUGUAUUUUUGGGACUGUUUAUGUUAGAGAUGGUUGUCAAAAUGUACGGAUUGGGAGUUUGCAUAUACUUCAAGUCUUCUUUCAAUAUAUUUGACUGUGUUGUGAUAAUAGGUAGUAUUUUUGAAGUGGUGUGGUCAGAGUUCAAGCAGGGAUCAUCGUUCGGUAUCAGCGCCUUACGAGCUGUGAGACUGCUAAGAAUAUUUAAAGUCACAAGAUACUGGGCGGACUUGCGGAACCUGGUCGUGUCGUUGCUCCACAGUAUGAGGUCCAUCAUCAGCCUCCUCUUCUUGCUCUUCCUCUUCAUUCUCAUAUUUGCCUUACUCGGAAUGCAACUCUUCGGCGGAGAAAUGAAUUUCGAGGAGGGGAGACCAGCCAGUCACUUUGAUACAUUCCCCAUCGCUUUGCUGACAGUCUUCCAGAUUCUGACAGGGGAGGACUGGAACGAGGUGAUGUAUAACGGCAUCAGGUCCGGUAACUCUGACGGCUACGGCAUGAUCUUCUGCUCUUACUUCAUCAUACUCGUUGUCUUUGGCAACUACACACUGCUGAACGUGUUCUUGGCUAUCGCUGUGGACAAUCUGGCCAACGCACAGGAACUAUCCGCAGACGAAGAGGACUCCGAGGUUGCCAAAGAGGAGAUGCUGAGCAUGUACAACGAGCAAAUACCUCUAAACCUGAAACGGGAGGAAGUGGGGAAAGCCAUCGAGAACCAUUUCCAGCCAGGCAGUAUUCCUCCAAUGGUUAACAUCUGUCCACCCUCGCCACAAAAUAACGACGAAACCAAGAUAGGAAACUUCAACUAUAUAUCUUUCAGCGGCAACGCACGGCUGGACGCCAACCUGAGCCAAAACAACCUGAAGGACAAUCUCAACAAAGAACUCACCCUCUCCACUGGCCGUCCCGCCACGCCACAAGCAGGGGCCAGAGCAGCCGAUGCCCAGUCCAACCGGAGCGACAGCGUGGACCUCCCACGCCAAAACACCAACAACAGUCAGGAUGAGCCCGGAUUUGGACAGCCUAAACCCAUGUUACCCUACAGCUCCAUGUUUAUAUUCGGCCCAACCAAUCCAAUUCGCCGCUUCUGCCACUUCGUUGUCAACCUCCGCUACUUCGACCUGUUCAUCAUGAUUGUUAUCAGCGCCAGCAGCAUUGCCCUCGCCGCCGAGGACCCAGUAAACGAGAACUCUCAACACAAUACAAUCCUCAACUACUUUGAUUAUGUCUUCACAGGUGUCUUCACUAUUGAACUUCUGUUGAAGAUUGUCGAUCUCGGUAUAAUCCUACACCCGAAGGCCUACUGUCGUGACCCCUGGAACAUUCUGGACGCCACUGUUGUUAUUUGCGCCCUCGUUGCCUUUUUCUUUACUGAUAGCGCGGGUAAAAACCUGAACACAAUCAAGUCUUUGAGAGUUCUCAGAGUGUUACGACCACUAAAAACCAUCAACAGGGUUCCAAAGUUGAAGGCGGUGUUUGACUGUGUUGUGAACUCCUUGAAGAAUGUAUCCAACAUUCUGAUCGUGUAUACCCUCUUUCACUUCAUCUUUGCCGUUAUCGCCGUUCAGUUGUUCAAGGGGAAGUUCUAUUUCUGUACUGACGAGUCCAAGGAAACAGCUGAAGCAUGCAAGGGCCAGUAUUUCUCUUACGAGGAUGGCCCAGAUUCCCCAACGGUUGAACACAGGGAAUGGUUGCGGCAGGACUUUCACUAUGAUAACGUGUUAGCUGCCAUGCUGACACUGUUCACAGUCACCACGGGCGAGGGAUGGCCUGCCGUAUUAAAGAACUCCAUGGACUCCACAAUGGUAGACAGAGGUCCUCGACCCAAUUUCCAUAUGGAGAUGGCUCUGUUUUAUGUUGUCUUUUUCAUCGUGUUUCCAUUUUUCUUCGUGAACAUCUUCGUCGCCUUGAUCAUCAUCACAUUUCAAGAGCAAGGUGAAAGCGACCUUGGAGACCAGGACCUAGACAAAAACCAAAAACAAUGCAUUGACUUUGCAAUGAAUGCAAAACCACUAUGUCGCUUCAUGCCAAAGAAUAAAGGCUCAUUCAAAUACAGGAUUUGGAAGCUUGUUGUUUCACCAAAAUUUGAAUACUUAGUGAUGACGCUGAUUGCUCUCAACACAAUUGUGCUCAUGAUGAAGGUAUACGUACCUGAACCAUUACCAGAAGCACAUCAACUUUACCGUAGUGUCCUAAAAUACAUAAAUAUGGGCUGCACAAUAGCAUUUACCAUUGAAUGUAUCUUAAAAUUACUGGGUUUUGGAAGGAAUUAUUUCCGAGACCCUUGGAAUCUGUUCGACUUUUUCACCGUGCUUGGCAGUAUUCUUGAUGUCUUAAUAAAUGAACUGGGCCACGCGGUAGUGGAAAUGGUUACGGGUGAGGCUCAGGAUGACACAGUUGGAUUUAACGUCGGUAUUUUCCGUCUUUUCCGAGCUGCACGACUCGUCAAGCUUUUACGUCAAGGCUACACAAUACGCCUCUUGCUAUGGACAUUCCUGCAAUCAUUCAAAGCUUUGCCUUAUGUCUGCUUGCUCAUCCUCAUGCUCUUCUUCAUCGCCGCAAUCAUCGGUAUGCAGAUCUUCGGGAAUAUUCAGCUUGAUUCCCACACCGACAUCAAUCGCCACAAUAACUUCAGAAGUUUCUUUAUGGCGUUGAUGUUGCUAUUUAGGUGUGCAACAGGGGAGAAUUGGCAGCGGAUUAUGCUGUCGUGUCUCGGUGGAAGGCCAUGUGACCCAGAUUCUGGCCUCAGCAAUCACGAGUGUGGGCUCGACUUGGCUUAUAUGUAUUUCACAGCGUUCAUCUUCUUUUGCUCAUUCCUUAUGUUAAAUUUGUUUGUGGCUGUCAUCAUGGAUAACUUUGACUACUUGACGCGUGACAGCUCUAUCCUUGGUCCUCACCACUUGGACGAAUACACGAGGGUGUGGGCGGAGUACGACCCUGGAGCCACGGGGAGAAUACAACAUACAGACAUGUAUGAGAUGUUACGAAAUAUGGAGCCACCUGUCGGCUUCGGCAAGAAAUGCCCCUACAGAUUGGCUUACCGGAAGUUGAUUCGCAUGAAUAUGCCUGUGGCGGACGACGGGACCGUCCAUUUCACAACAACAUUGUUUGCACUUAUCAGAGAAUCACUAGGAAUCAAGACAUCAAUAACUGAGCAAAUGGACAGAAAAGACGAAGAAAUGCGAGAAGUUAUACAGAGACUCUGGCCGGUGCAGGCAAAGAAGCUUAUAGACCUGCUGGUGCCGCCAAAAGAAGAGUUAACUGAACACAAACUUGCAGUUGGUAAAAUAUACGUCGGUUUACUAAUAGCCGAAAACUGGAAAGCUUACAAAUCAAGUCAACUGAAUGGCCAACCUCUUAGAAUGCAGGAGGAAAGAGAAGAGGUAAAUUACGUCACAGGGUCACAUGACCUGGGCCAUAUUUCUGAUGUUUCUUAUACUUAGUAAUUAACACGCUUUAGUUGCCAUUUUAGGUGCUUUCACUUCAUUUUCCGUGUUUGUAAAUCAAUGAAAGUGUUCAACAAUGUCAAACGUGAUAUAGAUAUACAUAAUACGUGUAUAUUUGACAGAAAAAUAGUAUGCACAUCGGUGAAAAACGUCAUAGACAGUAUUAUCAUUUUCUUUUUGCUUUUGGUAUACCUCAUUUAAAUUUACACUUUAUGUUCACCUUUCGUUCUGUUUCAUUUUUAUAGUUUAGCUUUAAGCGUACUGCUAACUACUUCGUUCGUAUGAUAAAUAAUCAGUGAUAUCUUGCUGGCCUAACAAAUUUACACAAACGUUCGUAAAUGUAUAUAAACAACUGAAAGUGAAGGCUAGAUAUUAGAUAUGCUUGAUUUUGAUUGGCAUAAAUUACAAGUAAUGUAGAAUUCAAACCGAAUGAAUAGUGAAUAUGAAUAUCUUGCCAUUUAUUUAGAGUGUCUAUAAGGAUGCAAAUACAAUGAACGGUAUUUCAAAUGAAAUAUUGCAUAUACUUUUAAGAACUCGGUCAUGUUUUGGCAUCAAGAAUAUUUUUCCCGGUCAUUCAUCUUAAAAAGCUUCCAUUUUAAUUAUUUCAUCAUCUUUGAAUACAAAAUGCAGAAAAAAGAACAUUUAAGAUAGAAAUAAACUAGAUUUAGUGGGGAACGAACCCACGCCGGAACAGAAAGGAUUUUUGUUAGAAAAUUGACACAUGAUCCACUCGCCCACAGGGACUCAAACUGAGUUGACGGAAAUUUAAACCUUUCUUGAAGUCAUUGCUAGCAUCACGUGAUAAUCUCAAUCAACCAAUCACGUUAAAGCCUUUUGUUGAAUGGCGAUAGUAACGCAUUUCCAAAUUGUGGACUUUAACACUCUAUUUGAUUCGCUACACUUUAUUUCGUAAUAAAAAAGGGCAUUUUACAAAACAAGAUCGAGUCCCUUUAAGCCUUCAAUUUAAUCAUGCAUCAGUUCGUACGAAUAUGUAGUUGAACCAACACACCUUUCUCAAAGUUGUACAUGCAAAAUAAGAUAUGCGCUUUCAUUUAAAAGAAACAUAAUCAAACUACAAAUGCUUCUUUCGCCCUCAUGUCUGCAAUCUCGCGCUUUUUCCUCCAUGCUAUAAAACCUUUAUACUAAAAAUGGCCUUGGUCUGACGUGCCGAGAAAUCAGACCAUCUAAAAGCAAGAAAGCCCCACGAUAACGAAGAGCUGGGCUAUAAUAUCCCAUUGCUUGGUGAAAAUGAUCAGCGACCUCCAUCUUUCUUCAAGCGGCUGAUGGGAGUGGUAAGAGCGCCCUCUGCCAGGUCCAGCCAGAGUAUUGACUCCG